UCUGAGGGAAACAAUUAAAUCGAUAUCCGAUAUGUAAAUUGGCCUCGUCUUAAAUCAUACUUAAAUUUAAAUGUCAUUCAUGUAUGAUUUUUUACCCAUGCCCCUAUCCCUAUCAUAUCACUCCAAAACUAGCCGACUAACAGUAGCCGGUGUUAAAUUCAAUAACCUGUUGGCAGUUGAUCAGUAACAGAAGGAUUAUUAAAGAGCAGUAAUAUGUUAAGAUGAUGUGUAUUAUUAGUAUUGUAAGCCAUCUCUAUUCAGACUAUUCACUGAUACUAAUUUCAUAUAGUUAUAGUCCUUAGUGAAGUGUAGGAAAUGACAAUAAUUACACUGUCGCCACACACUAACUCUCAGUUCACACACUGGCAGUCACACUGUGACACUUACGCUCAUAUAUUAUAUAUAUGUAUAUUAUAUAGCAUUAGGCCCUACUUAUUUAUACAUUUUGAUACAUUAGGUUGACUAUAAAAAUGUAACACAAUUUGGUAAAUUCAGACAAUCCCCGCCUUGUAUUUUCCUUGGCCGCCAUCUUAUGUGAAAGGUCAAGGGUCAUGCAAACAAGAUGGCUGUGUAAAAAACCCACGUCUGCUAAAAUCUUAAGCCUAAACCAAACACUAAAACUCAAUCUAAACCGGACCCUAAAACUAUCCCUAAACCUAACCGCCUAACCUGAACCCUAAAACUAUCCCUAAACCUAACCUGAACCCUAAAACUAUCCCUAAACCUAAUCUGAACCUAAACUAUCCCUAAACCUAACCUGAACCCUAAAACUAUCCCUAAACCUAACCUGAACCCUAAAACUAUCCCUAAACCUAACCUGAACCCUAAAACUAUCCCUAAACCUAACCUGAACCCUAAAACUAUCCCUAAACCUAACCUGAACCCUAAAACUAUCCCUAAACCUAACCUGAACCCUAAAACUAUCCCUAAACCUAACCUGAACCCUAAAACUAUCCCUAAACCUAAUCUGAACCUAAACUAUCCCUAAACCUAACCUGAACCCAAAAAAUUAUCCCUCAGCCCAACCUGAACCCUAAAACUCCAAACCCUUAAGCCUGAAACUAAGCCUAAACCUAAAGUAAAAAACAAAUGUGUGGCUGCAGCUACACACUGUGGUAAGAAAACUGUAAAAAUGAAGAAAAAAAAUUCCAACAAACUAAUUGUAAAAUAAUGAAAACCCAACUUACAGUUUCAUAGAAUACACUUUUACACACUUAAAUUUCAGAGUCCACCAAAAAGAAAAUUAAAAAGUCGUCAGAAAAUCAAUAAAAUACAAUAUCAAACCCAUUUUCUGAAAUGGCAAAAAAAUUAAAAUAUAAUAAUUACCCAACUAAUGAAAUUUUAAAAUUAUAAUUAGAUAUAACCAACCAAGAAAAUUUUAAGUAAAACAUUCCAUCAUCAUAUUAAGCAAAAUUUAACUCUAGUAAUAACAAGGGGAGUGAAUCCAAAACAGAAACUUACCAAAAAUCACGAAAUGACAUCAUGGCGCGGAUUGUCUGAAUGGCCCACAAUUUAAGUUCUUGAACAAAAUGUUUCUAUAAUUGUGAAAUUUUAAAAAUAAAUAUUCUUAGAAAUCUCUUGUGGCCUAACUUAAGACUGAAUCUGAGAAAUGAAGUCAACGCCAGGGAAAACUUUUCAAAAGUUUAAGAAAGAAAAUCAAACAGAAGAUAUAAACAGAGUAGGAUCUCCUCAGGCAGUUUUGGCAGAUGAAUACUUGAGUGCCAUCAAACUAGUUGACGUCUUUGUUGCCAACAUUGCCGACAAAAAACAAACUGCUAGAAUCGUCAAGUAUGUUAUUAAAUUAUUAGAACUUAAAAAUAAAAUAGCAGCUAUAAAUAGACAACAGCGUAGAUAAGUUGAACAAUCUUUUAGGUAAUGUAAAAUUUGAAAAACUGUAGAUAUUUAAUAAGUUCUUUACACUGAAAUAAUUUGAGUUUUCAUGAAUAUAUUUCCCUUGGUUAUAGUUAACUUAUAAUUAAGUGCAAAGCUGUUUACUUGUACUUCUUCCAUACCCUUCUUGUUAAUUUCACCCCCUUGACAAUAUAUAUAUUUUUUUUAAUAUUUAGGGGUUUUACCACCCAAAAAAAAGGCAAUACAACCUGCAUCUUAUCUUUAUUUUGCUUACUAAAAAUGUCUCAUAAUUGACAGAGAACUCAUGACAGUCUCACCCUUAGGUGACCUGCAACAUUUAAAAAGGGUGAGAACUUCAAGUGACCAUGGUACGAGUUCAAUUUUCAUAUUCACUGUUUUGCAAGAACAUAACAAAGACAACUUUUCUAGAAGUAAAAGUUUGCAUCCAAAAUGGUGGAGCCAUGUUAAAAAAGCAUCAUCAGUUGUUUUUUUUAAAUUUAUUUUUAUAAAUCAUAAUACAGUUAUUUCAGAUGCAUGUUAUUUGUUUUAGUAGUAAUUAUUCAAAUUCAACAUUGAUUUUUUAGGGAAAAUAUGUUUUAGGAUUGUGUGACUGUUUAAAUAGGUAAAAUUAAAUCAUGACAUGUACAUUCUUUAUGUGGUAAAGGUGGCCCACUGCAGGUGGUUCUUUUCAAGAGUCAAAGUGGUCAGCAAAUGUUAGAAAAUGUGAAUAGUGAUAGCAAACCACAAAGAGUGGUUGAUGGGUUAGGAGCUCCUUAUCUAGUCAAAGUGCCUGCAACUCCACCGCUCACACGACAGCAGUACUACGAGGCGAUAAAAUAUUGGCCAGUUAAUUUUCAUGAAGACAAAGAGUAAGCUAGUAUCAUUUUGUUAAUGAAGAAAUUUUUUUUUUUUAAAUUACAUUAUACCAGUAUAUAAGAGAUGAUGUAUUUUUGUUUAAAAAUGUCUUCAGUGCUGCUUGUUUAAGCUUCGAAUUCUAUCUUCAGCUAUCUAGCUUUAAUUAUCAUGUAACCAUCUAUUUAUAAUUCAUUGAGAUGUUCUUAUACGGAUUAUGGUCAUUUGCUAUUAUUAAUAAUUUCAGGAUUGCUGCAUUACUGUCAGUGAACUAUUUUAGUAAUGAGGACUUACAAUACAUAGAAAAUUACAUGAAUUUGGCUAUUAGACUUGCCAGAACUGCAGAAACAAAAAUGCAGGUUUGGAAAUUAUUUUACAAUUUUAAAAAAAAUAAAGAAAUAUAAAUCUGAACAAUUUUAUUCUUUAUGUCUAAUAACAUUAAAGACUCUCUAGUACUUGAUAUAUAUAUUUAUAUAUAUAUAUAUAUUGGAAGAUUGAAUUAGUUUAAUAUAACAUGCUGUGUGGUGCUGUUUAAAAUUAAAUCUCUUUACAUAAAUUGCAACCUUUUACCUUGUGCUCUGUCUUAAUAAACAGGAUUUUUAAAAACAUGGUCUUAUAUUUAACACCCCCCCCCCUCCAAAAAAAAAUAAAUCCCCUUCUAUCCCCACUUAAGCUUGAUUUCACUUUUUGAAUGUCUGAAUAGUUGGCCAAGUGUUAGAUACCUCUUAUCAAUGGCCAACAGAUGAAGCAGAGUUUGCUAAAAGAAUGCUGGUAAUAGGAGAAAUGAGUCAUAGAUUUAACUUGCUCGCAACGUGGGAUUCGUUUAGCAUAUGUUUUUUUUAGUUUCUGUGUAUGAUAACAAUUUUUGUACUAUUCAUUUUACAGUUACCAAUAGGAGCUGUUGUGGUCAAUUCAUCAACCAAAGAAGUUGUGUCGGAAGCUUAUGAUUUACGUCAAGCAGGUUAUCCCCUUCAGCACGCUGUCAUGGUAGCCAUUGACUUAGUGGCCCACUCUCAGGGAGGAGGCAUGUGGCAGUUUGAUGGUAAUUGUUGAACAUGUCCCGUUUUUAAAAACUUUAUUUCUUUGUCUGUCAGUUACUGUUUUAAAAUUGACAUUUAAUUUAUGGGAUUAAUAUUUCUGUAACUUUAAGAUUAAAGCUACACGAGCCCUCUUAUUUGAAAUGCGCCUGAAGGCUAAUAUAAAUUCAAGAAUUUGAACUUACUUUUAUCAUAGUUUUCAUUAUUAUAAAGAUUUCAUUCAAAUUAGAAACUAAAUUAGAAACUAGAAAGAUUCAACAUUUUGUAAAAGCCUACCAGUUAGUUUGAUACAGUGCUGUUAAGGUAAAAUUAAAUGUUCGUUCUUUUGGUUCACAACUUUAGAACACGAAAAAAUUUCUCAGUCCCACAUCAUUACUUUGAUCAUGAUUAAAUUGGGAAAUAAUCUAUUUUUUAUAUGGAGAAUGGGGUAAAUGUAAUCUGAUUUGUCUAAUUUUACAUAUUUUUUUUUUCAAAAUGUUGCUGCAUAUCUUCUGACAGAUCAUUGAACUGCUUUGGUUAUUUCAGAUUCUCAUCCAUCUUUGAAGCAUGCUACAAUGACAGGAGCAAAUGAUAGCAAUGGCCCUUAUCUCUGCACGGGCUUUGAUAUUUUUCUAACUCAAGAACCUUGUGUUAUGUAAGUCAAAAUCAUUUAUAAAAUGUAGAUGAUAAAAUUAUUUUAUUCAAAUAAUUGUUUUUUUAUUUGUUUUCUUUGUUCCUAUGUUCUUGCAAAUAUAAUCUUAUAACUAUAAACAUUUUAUUUUACAAAAUUGCUAAGUUAUGCAGCAUGCAUAUGAUUAGAAAAUGUUUUGCUACAUGAGAAAGUGGGAAAAGAUUGUACCACAUUUUGUCUAUUUAGUUAUGAUGAAACAAAACUUUAAGACGACUUAUAGAAGAAAAGUAAUUUUAUAUUCUUUUAGAAGAACUUUUUCAAAAUAUUGAAUCUAAAUUUCUAAACAAAUUCAUUUCCUUUCCUGCCAAGCAUCUAGGUGCACAUAAUGCUUAUAAGAAAUAAGCUACAGUCCAUGCCAUGAAAUAACUGGUCUAUUAAUUGCAUUCUAAAUAUGUCAAAUUUGCCUGAACAAGUUAGCUUUAUUUUUUAUGAAACAGAUAUGAAUGAAUUUCUAAUUUAGUUCUUAUUAAUUUCCAGGUGCAGUAUGGCAUUAGUACAUUCCAGAAUUUGCAGAGUUUUUUAUGGUUCGAGUCACCCUGACGGAGCCUUGGGUUCUCACCACAAGAUCCAUUGUCAGCCGGGACUGAACCAUCAUUAUAAAGUUUUUAGGAACUGCCUCAGUCAGGAAACAGAGAAACUUUACAAAGACAGAUGAUGUAUAUUUUGUAAAUGGUUUUGUCAAGAC